CUCCCUCCGAGCUGCGCCUGCCGGGCGCCGCGGCCACCCCGGCCAGGGAAACCGAAACCAGAGCGGCGGGUCCCCCGCGCGGCCGGCCAGCCGGGCGCAGCGCGGGCCGGGAGCCCAGCCGCGGAGCCGGGAGCCGGGCGCCGAGAGCCGGGCCGCGCUGCGGGCGCCGUGGUCCCGGGGCUUCCGGCCGCUGCGGCGGCUCCUCCCUCUUCCCUGUGCUCGGCCGCCCGGCCCGUGAGCGGCGCGCAGGAUGGGCAGGUGCUGCUUCUACACGGUGGGGACGCUGUCCCUGCUGCUGCUGGUGACCAGCGUCACGCUGCUGGUGGCUCGGGUCUUCCAGAAGGCCGUGGACCAGACGAUCGAGAAGAAUGUUGUGUUAAGGAAUGGUUCCGAGACCUUUAACUCCUGGAAGAAUCCCCCUCUGCCUGUGUACUCCCAGUUCUACUUCUUCAAUGUCACCAAUCCAGAGGAGAUCCUAAGAGGGGAGACCCCUCGGUUAGAAGAAGUGGGACCGUACACGUACAGGGAACUCAGAAACAAAGCAGAUAUUGAAUUUGGAGAUAAUGGGACAAUAUCUGCUGUUAGCAACAAGGCCUAUGUUUUUGAACGGAACCAAUCUGUUGGAGAUGCUAAAACAGACUUAAUUAGAACAUUAAAUAUUCCUGCAUUGACCGCCAUGCAAUUGGCCCAGCUCCACAUCCUCCGGGAGCUCAUCGAGGCUCUGUUGAAGGCCUACCAGCAGAAGCUCUUUGUGACGCACACCGUUGAUGAACUGCUCUGGGGCUACAAAGAUGAGAUCUUGUCCCUCAUCAACAUUUUCAAACCUGACAUCUCUCCCUAUUUUGGCCUGUUCUAUGGGAAAAAUGGUACUAAUGAUGGAGACUAUGUCUUUCUAACUGGAGAAGACAAUUACCUUAACUUUUCCAAGAUUGUGGAAUGGAAUGGAAAAACGUCACUUGACUGGUGGACAACAGACAGAUGCAAUAUGAUUAAUGGAACGGACGGAGAUUCUUUUCAUCCGUUAAUAACCAGAGACGAAGUCCUUUAUGUCUUCCCAUCUGAUUUUUGCAGGUCAGUGUAUAUAACUUUCAGUGACUUUGAGAGUGUCCGGGGACUGCCUGCCCUUCGGUAUAAGGUGCCCGCAGAAAUAUUAGCCAAUACCUCCGACAACGCCGGCUUCUGCAUACCUGAAGGAAACUGCUUGGGCUCAGGAGUUUUGAAUGUCAGCAUCUGCAAGAAUGGUGCACCUAUUGUUAUGUCUUUCCCACACUUCUACCAAGCAGAUGAGAAGUUUGUUUCUGCCAUAGACGGCAUGCAUCCAAACAAGGACUACCAUGAGACAUUUGUGGACAUUAAUCCUUUGACUGGCGUUAUCCUAAGAGCUGCCAAGAGGUUCCAAAUCAACGUUUAUGUCAGAAAAUUAGAUGAGUUUAGUGAAACAGGAAACAUUAGAACCUUGGUUUUCCCCGUGAUGUAUAUCAAUGAGAGUGUUCUCAUUGAUCAAGAGACUGCGAGUCGGCUGAAGUCGGUAAUUAACACCGCUUUGAUCAUCACCAACAUCCCCUACAUUGUCAUGGCGCUGGGCGUGUUCUUCGGUUUGAUCUUCACCUGGCUUGCAUGCAGAGGACAGGGAUCCUUGGAUGAGGGAACUGCAGAUGAAAGAGCGCCUCUCAUCCGAACCUAAUCACAGCCAGAGGUUGGUGAAGGAACCGUGUGAGCUGUCCUCACCUGAACCAGGACGUGGGGAAACUGUCUGCGUCCUCACAGGCUUGUUGCCUCUUGGAGAGAGAAGGCGAGAAGACCCAGAGCUGGCAAGUGAUGAGAGCAUUCCAGCCGGAAUUAAACUACAACAGGCUGACAUGGUUGGCCAUUAGGCUUUAUAAAAUCCUGUGGUCCCUCACAAAUUGUUUUGUUUUUCACUGUCUAGCAAGUAUUUAAUAAACUCUUGUAUAGUAAUAUUUUUUGUUGUUGGGUGCUGGUAGCUCCAGAAUUUUGUGACCACUGUUGUGGUUAGAAUGUCUUUGCAUCGCUUGUUAAUGCUACUUGGUCUAACCUUAUUCACUAUGCCUCCUCGUUCACCAGACUUUGUGCUUAAAAUACAUACAUACCAUUUUAUGUUCUGUUCCUCCAUUCAUUUCAUCCUGAAUGCAGAAGUAAAUGAGAGUUUGGAACCCAGGGUAAAAUGGUAGCCUCAGUUAGUACAUCAUUCAAAUGCAGCUGAUUUCGUCUUUUAAAAAAUUACAUAUUGCAUUUCAUGCUAAUCUUUGGUUCGAAAUUCCUCCAGGAAAAUGAUUCCGUGUUCCGACUACUUUCCUAUGGGUAGGAACCCACUGGGGCCGGGCUUGGGUGGGGGGAGGUGUUUGGUGGGGGGUGCCCGUGAGUUGAUAGUUGAUUAAAAAACCUGAGGAUUUUUUACUUGUAGUUUUGUGAAUUGGGAGAAUGCAUAUAUAAUGUUGGUGAGGACAAGUACAGAUAUUUCAUAGAGAGUAGAACUAAAUGCUAGUUAUGACAUUUGUGGAUAGUUUGUUAUUUUUUUUAGUCAAAAUGAUCUUGAUGUGUGGAAAGGUGUUUGGAGAAUGUAAUCAGCCACUGAUUCCCCCCCCCCCAUCACCCUUGCCAAAUACGAUGCUGUAGUAAUUACAAUACUAUUGAGUGAUUAUUUGUAAAAUUAUUUAUGAAUAUGGGAAAUCCAUCCAUCUACAGCCUAAGUUACAUAUAAAUUUCAGGAAGUCUGACCACACUGAAGAGACAUUUUUUGGGGGGCAGUCUUCUUGGUAACUUUGAAAUUCUUUUUAUAAGUUGUUCUUUUUUCCUCAGACUCAACGUUUUCUGGCUCCCUGUCACUCACUGUAUAGAGACAUGUGUCCUAUACUUCCUGUGACAAUCAUUUUGCUGACAGAAUAAUUUUCAAAUACUGCACAGAAAGUGCUUUAAAGAAAGGUCCCUUUAAAGAAAGGACCAGAAUCAGAGCCACCUCUCUUCAGAAGACCUCUUGGCUAUCAGUGUAACCUAAGUCAGAGGAUUGGGAACCAUCCUAUGUCACAGAAGUCACGCAUAUUUAAGGGCAUUUUCUUUGAUUCUCCAAAUUCACUAUUCAUUUUUGAUUGAGAAAUCUAUACAGUUAUCUGGCAAAGUGCUCAUAGAAUUUCUUAACUGAAUCAUUCUAUGGGAUUUUUUUAAAAAGCUGGAUUUCAUUGUAAGCAAAUGAAGAAAAAAAAAUCCCUGGAUUUCACUAACGUAGCUUCUGAUCCCAGGAUGGAGGUAACGAACCUUUUAGUUUACUUGCCCUGAUUUUCCUUCUCUCUACGCUAACGCAACUUGUGAUAUGUUUCCCUUCUUCAAGGGGCAAUUCAUUAAACUCUCAACUUCUCUGUAAAUUAAGAUAGAACCUAUAGAUACCCUAAAUCACCAAAAUGUGAGAAACUGAAUCAAAAUAUUUUGUCUUUCAAAUAUCUAGAUUUUUUUCAUUUCUCAAUAUUUAACUAGAUAACUAGCAUAUUUUAUUCUUCUAUGCGUCCACUUAUCCACACUAAUAAAACUGAUGAGCCAGUGCACACCCACUGGUUCGUCCAGUUAUUAGGAUAUAACUAUCUAAGGGAGAAAUUUUUGAAUACUAUGAAUGAUAACAGCUAAUGACGUACACUUUCAGACUGAAUCUCACACAGGCAGGGAGACCAAAAACAUAUUAUUUCCAUAUCCAUGUCAUGAUUCUUAAUAUUUACUUGGCUUGAAAAUACAUUUGAUAUUUUCCUUCUGAAAGUCUGUGGCAAACCCAUAAACUGCUGUCAAGAUUAUAGAUUAGUUAAGAAGAAAGAAUGUACCUAUUUGGUUUUACAUUGAAAAUAACAAACUAUUCCUCAUGCUCAUUCUCUUGGAGCCAUUCUCCUGGAAAGGCCCUCAAAGUCUUUGUGAUUGUCAGGAUUGUUGCAGUCACAGAAUACGGGCGUCCUGUACUAUGAUACUCAACUUAGGGAGAAAUCAAGUCAGAGAGAGGUUACCUCACUUCUCUCAGGGAAAACUGAGAGUUGAACACAGGACGGGAAAAUGGGCUUUGCCACUUUUAGCUCCAGACUUCUCCCGCUAGACUUUAUUCCUUCCUGUUCUAGAAAGAUCACUAACGGUCAAGUGGAGCAAGUUCUAUACGACUAACCCCUAUUGGGGUUUUUACUUAAGGGAGGCUAAUUUUUUUAUUUAAAUUGCCCAAGAUAUGAGUUCUGCAGAAGGUGACCUUCAUACUUGGCGCUCUAGGCAUUAUUACUGGAAUUAAUUGCUUGUGGCUAUUAAAGAGAAUACUGACCAGAAUGCUCUUCAUGUAGCUUAUACAGUUGGUUCAUUUCAUGUGAUUCUUGAUAUGUAUAUUUCUAUCCUUAAUGCAAUGAAUGUUUCACUAAUAAAAAAAAGUUUAUAUGAAA